CUAGCGUCGCGUAUUGCGGCGUUGAGUAGCGGAGAUUACACGUUCGACGACACGGAAGAAGCAGAUCCUCUUUUUGAUGCCAUCGAGGACGAUCGACAGUUCGACUUCGGUGACGAAGGAGCAAGCGACAACGGCAGCGAGCGACACGACAGCGACGGAGAAAGUGAACGUAGCGAAGAAUUGGAGCACUUGGGCGCGCCGGAGCGGUAUCACACAUACUUCGCGUCACGACAGACGCAUCCAGAGAGUGCUGCGAACAGCAGCAGCGCGUCUUCGGAUAAGAGUUGGG